AUGGCUGCUCAGGCGGUAUUGGCGACGGAGAGUGUCUCCCAGCCUCUCAAUGUGUCGUGCUGCCUCCAGCGCCGCUGCACCGUCUCCGAAGGAACAGGCUACUGCCGCGACACCUCGAACCAGACCUGCGAGGAGGGCGCAUACUUCGCCGGCACAGGGUACCCCUGGCCCUGCCCCGGGCCGAAUAACAUCCAAUGCUGCGUGAAAUACACCAACAUGACGAACCACACGGCCACAUCCUCGACUCGCGCGUCGACAGGGACAGCUACGCUUCCCAUCUCGAGUACACCCACGAGCACAAACACAAACGCAAGCACAAGCACAAGCACAGGCAGCAAUUCGACUCAAUCCCCAACCCCCACCGCACAACCACAAUCCGGGAACGGACUAUCCAGCUCGCAGAUCGGCGGGAUCGUCGGGGGUGUCGUCGCCGCGGCGGCGCUGGGCGGGCUCAUCGCGUUCAUCUUCUGGUUCCGACGGCGGCGUCGACGGCUUGCGGACGCCCAGCAGGCGGGGGAUCAACAGCCGGCGGGGCGGGGUGGCGAGGACGCUGAUGGUGGCGCAGUUUCUACUGUGGGGUCGGCGAUGCGUGAAGAUGAGCAUGGUCCCGAAGGGAAGGCUGCUGCGAUGGAGAUGGACGAGAAGGAGAUUCCCAUGCUGGGUGGGCGGAUGAGGCAGGAGAUGGAUGCGCAGGGGGCAGCGGCGGUGCAUGAGUUGGGGGCCUCGAUGGGCGACAGCAAGGUGCUUGGGGCGGGUAAGCCGUCGGAGCUGCCGGGGUCCAUGGGGAGGAUGGCCGAGUUGCCCGGUUCGGAGGUGGAUUUCAAGCGAUGA